AUGAACCAGCUUUUCGGCAAACAGACUGUCUUCCGUCGCCGAUUCGCAGAAGAUUCCUUUUUAUGUGGCGUCAUAUGCGGAUCCAGUCUCCGGCGAGCUUUGAAAAGCCUGCCCGUACUGCAUAGCGUCACGAUCAGAACUUGGAAGAGAGUCGUUCACGGUCUGUCGUGGGACACGGUCAAGAUGAUAUCCUCUCUUCCACAUGUUCGAGAAGUCUCCAUCAUCGGUCUCCUGCUCUGCCCAUCCAUGCUCUCCGGCGAUGACUACAGAUGCGACUCAUUUUCUUCUCUGACCUCCUUCCACUAUGAGGUUCCGUCCCAUCGAUUCACCUCCAUAGGUACCCGUCAGACCUAUCCAUUCCCAUCGGAGGAGGAAGCGCUACGCCUCGUUCUUGACCGACUCCAUUCAUCGCUGGAGAAGCUGGUACUCUCGAGCGAGCCUGCGCCCAUGCUCACAAUGUCAGAAUGGCAAUGGCCUCAUCUCCGUGAGCUGCGACUAUGCGGGGAAUGGAAUCCCAAUCCUCCGGUGUCAUACCUCUCCCUCCUUGCUGCCAUGCCUAAUCUCCGUGUUCUCAUCCUGGAACUUGUUCUUGUGACAGGAGAGCUCGAUCAUACACAUCCCCUUUGGCCUCCCGGGCUCGACAUGUCUUUCCCGUUGCCGUACCUUUCUCGUCUGUCGGUGUCGCAUCCUCAUGCGAAGGACGAGCUGUAUUCACGCCUUCCUCCGUCCGUCCAAGAACUGUCGCUCUGUUGCUAUCCACACAAGUCGGAGAAAGCAUGGAUAGGAAUACAGCCCAUAUAUACGGUACAAGCGUAUGAGUAUCCGCUAUUGACUUCGACAGAUCUGCGCGGCUUGCUGGAGACAUGCCAUCUCCCUUGUCUCACCCGCCUCGAUAUCGAGUACCAAGCAGAUGGACUGGAACUCGAUCUAUUGCGCAGUAUCGCAGUCCUAUUUCCGCGGCUCAGCUGGUUGCAAGUGCAUCGAUAUCGACUGCGGGAAGUUUCGGAGGUGAGUUAUGCACAGUUGGAUUGCCCCUCGACAAGCUACUCACGCUUACGCAUCCCAGAAUGA